AUGUAUCGAGCAAUUGGGGCCGGAGAGCGUCCACAUUCUCCUUUCAAUCUGCAACACUUACAAAAAGUCUCAGUUGACACGAUUUACAUUGAAUGGACACCCGGGUUCGAUGGAGGGCUUACUCAAACGUUUCACGUAGAGUACAUGGACAUUGGAUCUUCCGUCUGGAGGAAAGAUGAUGUUAUUGCUGGACACUUUUAUCACACCAUUGUUGGAUUGAAUCCUAAGACAAUGUACAAAAUAAGAGUGUUUUCAACAAAUGACAUUGGAAAUUCAAGUGCAUCAGAGGUUUUAACAAUGGCAACAUUAAAAAGGCCGGAAACUGGCGGAUCACCUGUUGUGCUUAUAGCAGUGUUAGGUGCCGUUGCGUGUGGAGUCGUGUUUUGUGUUGUUAUAAUAAUAAUCGUCAAAAGAAGAAAGGCAGGGAAAAGGACAGAUGUUGACAGAUUAACCAACGAACAUCAGCUGCAGUCCAAGGCGAACACGGACGAAAAUGAAGAAGAUGAUGACGAUGAAGUGAUUAAUCCGUUAUAUGGAGGAGGUGAUGAUGUACAGGACCACACAAACAAGGUGGAGGCUAUUUAUUCCCAGCCUCAGAAGAAAAAAGCUGCAAGCGUGUCAAGUGGAGUCAGUGACCUAUAUGGUGUUGUAAACAAAAAGCCGAAAGGAAAGAAGGGAACGGGAAAGGCAUUGAAACAAAAGAAGAAAGCCAAACACAGCGAAGAUGUAUACAAGAACGCUACAAAUCACAGAGAGAUACAUGAUCGAGACACUACUCUUGCUGGUGAUAUCUACGAGAAUCAUGAAGUGCCCCUGACAGCGAAAGCAACAAAGAGAAAUGUAAACGCAGAUGGACUUUUAUACGCAGAUCUUGAAUUGUCGAACCCCCCAAACGGACAACAGGGAUUUAUCAUCCACGGUUUAGAUAACAUGACAGAAUACGCAGAAGUGGACUUGACCAAAAGGGGGAAACCAUUUCCUGAAAAUGAUGGAGUUGAUAGUAAAUCGACAUCGAAAUAA